UCCUGCCACAUGGCCAUUUCUUAACUCUCACCGUUAAGACAGCGAUGUUCCAGUACGCCCUGCUCCUCCUCCUGCCCUGUGUGCUGGGCGCUCCUGCCACGGACCCCGUCAGCGCCUGGGAACACCACGUACACCAGGAAACGGAAAGGCUGUGGGAGUCGUUCGACUUCAACAACAAUGGAAAAUUCGACAGGUCCGACGUCCAGACGUUCAUCCAUGACUACGACACCAACGGAGACGGUGAGGUUUCCCGGGCCGAGUUCGACUUCCACUGGGGGGUGACGGAGCCAACUCUCAACAUCAUCGGAAACGGCCUGUUCCUGGAGUACGACGACGACCAGAGCGGUGUAGUGACGUCUUCCGACCUGGACGCCCUCUACAACAGGAUGGACCAUGACGAUGACGGAACUGUCAGCAAACAUGAGUUCAAGUCUUACUACAAACAGCUCCUCACAGUGUUGUUCAUCCUGCAGACUCAGCACAUUGAGAAUCAGGUCACCACCACCGCAGCACCAUCAACAUAAUGAUAAACAAUAAUAAAAACAUAAACCAGUGA